UUUUUUUGGAGCACUGACUUUGCUGAUAGCUGCUUCAGUCCAAUUUACGUAGCCUAUUACUGUGACUCCGUGGCUUAUUAAAAUACAAAACAAGACUUUGGUGGUAAUCAACUGCCGGGAAUAAUCGCCACUGACAGGAAAGAAGAAUGUAGAGAACUGAUGCUCUCCCAGCAACCACUUCUUCAGCUGCGUCUGAGGAACUGUCACAAUGGAAUUAUUAGGACAGGGUGCAAACAACAACGACCAAAACUCGGCCACCGACGGUGAACACCCGUGGGAGGUAACGGACAUAACCAGACUCCGCCGCUUCCUGUGCUACGGCUCGGAGAUGGCCAUCUAUGACACCAAGGAGCAUCGGCUGGGCAUGGAGAGUGCCCUGGCUCUGCUCUCACUGCUCCAGGAGGGCAGAGGUUGUGAGGUGGUGGAGGAGGUCAAGAGGCUGGCUCAGAAGGGCAAGCAGGUCAGGGCCAACCCCUCCCUGUUCGCCCUGGCCGUAUGCUCCCAGCACGCCGACCUGACCAUCAGACAGGGGGCGUUCCGAGCCCUGAGGGACGUGUGCCAGGCGCCUGAGCAUCUUUUCACCUUUGUCCAGUACAAGAAGGAGGUGAAGGACGGGAUGCGGUGUGGUAUAUGGGGACGGGCCCUGAGGAAAGCCGUUUCGAGUUGGUACAAUGAACAGGACGCCAUGAGCCUGGCUAUAGCAGUGACCAAAUGUAAAACGAGAGGGGGGUGGUCGCACCAGGAUCUGCUCAGACUCUCCCACACCAAGCCCGCUAACGAAGCAAUCACGUUGAUCAGUAAGUAUACUAUGAAAGGAUGGAAGGAGGUCCAGGUGGCCUACUCAGACAAGGAGAACUCAGAGGAGGUGGUGAAAGUCCUCUCGUACCUGGGGGCGGUUGAGAAGGUCAAACACAGUGCUGACGAGAUGGAGGUCACCCAUCUGAUAGAGGAACACCAGCUGGAGCAGGAACAACUAUUGACAGACCACCUGAAGUCCAAAGAGGUGUGGAAAGCUUUAUUAAAGGAGAUGCCUAUGGCGUCACUGCUAAGAGCCCUGGGAAAGAUGACCGCAGAUCAAGUCUUGGUACCAGGAAGCUCAGACGUGGCAGCGGUUUGCGAGAGGAUCCAGAGUGAGGCUUCUUUAAUGAAGGCCAAACUGCACCCCUUCAGCAUCUUGACGGCCUCUGAAAACUACAAAAGGGGCCAGGGCAACCGGGGCAAACUGAAAUGGGAACCCAACGUUGAGAUCCUCAAAGCACUGGACUGCGCUUUCUACAAAUGUUUCAAGAACGUGGAGCCGACAGGCAAGCGCUUCGUGGUGGCGGUGGACGUCAGCACGUCUCUUAGCAGCACUGUCCAGAGGACCUCUGUCGGCACAGCUGUGGCGGCUGCAGCCAUGACCAUGGUUAUAGCACGGACGGAGGCCGAGACACAGGUUCUGGCCUAUUCUGAAGGAGCUGUAGUUCCUUGCACCAUAUCAGCCGACAUGUCUCUUCGGGAAGUAACAGCCGAGCUGGUGAAGAUUCCCAGCGGCUAUACAGACUGUGCCCUGCCUAUCCUGUGGGCCUCAGAGAAGGGGGUUGCUGUGGACAUGUUCAUUAUAUUCACCAACAGCGCCUGCUGGCACGGCAAGGCCAACCCAGCGGAGUGCCUGAGGAUGCACAGACAUAAAACAGGCAUUUUCUCCAAACUGAUUUUAUGCGGGUUGACCUCCAAAGGCAACUCCAUCGCUGAGGCGGCUGAAGACAGGGGCAUGCUGGACAUAAGUGGCCUCGACCUAGGAGCUGUGGAUGUUAUCCACAACUUGGCCCUGGACCUGAUUUGAGAACCACUUCUGUACCGCAUGUAGAAAAGAUGAGGAGGGUGCCCAAGAGAGGACAAAUUCAGAAGAUAUUAAUAUCUUUUUUUUUUUUUAUCUUGAGUCCAACGCUGAUGCACCCAGCAGGCUUGACUGAAUUGUGGAAACAUGUUUGGUUAUUUCCUGACAGUUUGUAGAGGUGAUCUUAAAAAAAAAAAAAAAAA